CCCAGCCAGACCAGCCCAAGCAGCCGUGCCGUCUUGAGACAGACAUGUCAAAAAGCACAGCCCGGCUCCAUCUGUGCCAGCGCUAGCACGAUGCUCUAAGACAGCUUAAUCUCACGGAUUGUUCCCUACUUGACAAGGAGCAGCUGAAAGGAGUAUGUAAAGCCGUAUUGGGUCCGUCUUGGUUCGUUGGUGACCUUAGCUCCGGCCGGGGGUUUCUUCUUUUCGUGCUGGUCAUUUCUUUCCUCCUCUCUCUCUCUGUCUCCUUCACCUUCGCCGCCGUCUCUCUUGUCCUCGUCAUCGUGAGCCCUUUUCACCUUGUCGUGUCGCUGAGUCGCGUGGUUGUCAACACCGGGAGACUCAACUCAACAGCGACCCUCUGUCAGCAUGCUUCUCCACGAAAAGGCAGACCCGUUCUCGCCACUCAGGCAGAUCCUGCACCAUGUCUCGCAGCGCCGCUACCGAAACUACGCCGCCGUCGGCAUCGCCCUCGUCCUGCUCUCCAUGGUCUGGCUGAGCGGCAGCUUGACGCUUCACUCGAGCAGGCAAAAGUGGCACGACGACUUCGCCAACACCCGCGUGCCUGAGUGGGCCAGCCGGGCCAGCAAGGCCAACGACAGCCGUCUAAUUCCAGCCAAUAUCUGGCAGAUAGUCUUGCCCAAGACUCAACCGUUUCUGGGCGAUCCGAACCACGUUCAUGUGGACGUCAGACAGCUUGAACACACGGCUUCAUGGAUAGCCAUGAACCCAGAUUGGCAAUACACUCUGGUUGGCCAGAAGGGUGGUGACGAGUUCGUCGACAGCAGCUUCGCCCACAACCCCAAGAUCGCCGAGGUCUACCACAACAUCUCCAACGUGGGCCAGAAGUCGGACCUCCUGCGAUACCUGCUGCUGGGCGUCCACGGCGGCGUCUACACAGACACCGACACUCUCGCUCUCAAGCCAGUCGACGCCUGGGUCCCGGAAGCCCUCCGAAAUAAAGCCCGUCUAAUAGUGGGGAUUGAGUUUGAUCGCCGUGACGGCGGUCCGUGGGCCGACAUCCCCCACUGGCUCCAGUUCUGCCAGUGGACCAUUGCUGCUGCUCCUGGCCAUCCAGUCUUUAACAAGAUGGUUGACCGUGUGCUGCAUUCUCUCGACGACUUGUCGGCUCUCCACGGACUGCCCAUCAGCCAGCUGAAGCCCGAGAGCUUCGAGGUUAUGAACUCGACAGGGCCGGCCGCCUGGACCGACGUCGUCUUUGAGCAGUUGCAGGAGUACAACCCUCAGCUCACCGACACGAAGGAUCUAUCCUUUAUGUCGGAGCCUACCCUCAUCGGCGAUAUUUUGAUCCUGCCCAUCGACGGCUUCGGCAUGGGCCAGGACCACUCAGCCAGUACCAACGACGGAAGCAUCCCCCCGACUGCCAUGAUGAGACACAUGUUCCAUGGCUCUUGGAGAGGAGAGUAAUGGGACGGAUACGGAUUUGUAUAAAUAAUGGGAUUGUAUUUUAUUUUACGAGGAAGCGUUUUUGGCUAUGGAUAUGAUAUACGUUACAAAGCAUCUUGUGUCGAAAGGGUUUUGUUUAUGAGCUUUGGCACUUGGGUUACGGCCUCUGGGCGAUUUGUAUUGCUUCUUCAUUUGCACAUAUUAGGGACAUAACGGAUACUGUUAUUUUGAUCAAUGCGUGUUGUUAUUUUUUUGAUGGUACGAGUUGCUGUGGUUGGGGUGGGUGUUACUUCUUGGUGUAAUUCUAGUGGUCUGUGUACGUUAUGUGUAUGAUAGAUUGACAAGAAGAGUCUGAUGG